AUGGAUCUGUUGCUUGCUUCCCGGGAGCGCCCAAAUCGCCCAGGAGCUCGAAGCUCGAGGGCUGGCUCUGCUCAUAGCAGUGCCUCCUCAACGGCUUCGUUCAAGACCGCGAGAUCUCGCUCAUCUCGCAAGAGUUCGGCCUCCUCUGGUAGGCCUGGAUCGAGCAAUGGUGCUCGAUCCGUCCCCGACUCCGCGCCUAGCUCAUCAGGCCGGACAGAGUCCGGGGGGAGGCGAGGGCCUCAAACUUACCUCCGUAAGACUACGGAGGUGUUUGAAGCCUUCAAGAUGCUUCCCCCAUCGCUCCAGAAGGUCGAGAUGGAGCGUAAGAUGGGCAAGUGGGCGAAGACCCCUGGGGGGUCUUCCGGGGUGGCCUCGAAGGCCAAGUCUGGGAAAAGGCUCCCAGACCUGGACGACGAGCCGCCCUGUUCCUCGGAUGCAUAUGCAUCCGAGGAACCCACAGUACUAGCUUUCUUUGAAAGCUCGUACCUUCCCGUGGGGUCGAUCACCCUCCCACGGAUCGAUAUCAGAAACCCGAUAACCAUCGAUCCGUUGGCAAAGAAGAUCCCUGGCCAGCCGGCCAAAUUUUUGAUGGUUCGAGAGUUGGCCCAACUCUAUCACAAGGCCAACACGGAGGACCUCGCUCGAGACACCUGGGCUCGCGGUGGCAUCAUCGGUGACGGGAUGCGUAGGAAGUUCGAAAGGGAGCAAGCCGAACGGGAAGAACCCGGGAUGCGAAGGGGUUUUGGAUCAGCUGAUCCAAUCCCCUUCGCCCCGGCCCCAGAGGCUACUGCCUUGACGCUUGCUGCGACUCCCCAGCCGCAGUUCAAGUUUCUCGACCUCAUCCAGGCGGCUGCUCCAGAACGCCUUCCGACUUCGACCGCUGUCCGCCCAUACGAUUGGGUACCGAUUUCUGCAGGAGAUAUGAGCUCCUGCAAAACUCUUCCUGCUAUCUUCUGGAGUACUAGCAACAAGGAAGCAGUUUCUGUCGUCUUCUACAUGUUCCCAACGGCACGCAAUAUCCGCUAUCCAGUUUCAGUCGGAAUUGUCGAGGACAAAAGCGUCCCAAAUAUUGCUGUUAACACGGCCCGGCCAGCGAGCCAAUCUUUGUUGAAGGUCUACUGGUCCGGAUACAUCGAUUUCUCCCGACCAAUGAUUAUUCCGAACUCUUCGAUUUAUAGCAACCCAAGCUUGGCUGCUGCAGAUGAGAAGGGUUUCUGGGGUCUGUGGAAGUGUUAUUUCAAACAACCUACUUUUGGUGGUCAUCAAUACGGCAUGACAAAGGAAACCAGUGCAUUCGAAAACCCACUCCGUCUUCGUCGAGCUUUUGAAAGCUCAACUUCAUUCUCUGGCAAAUACACAGCCCAGAUGGCCCUAGAGAAGCCACCCCUUCGCCUAAAAAGCACGUUCAGUGAUCCCACGAACGAUUGCGAUUCGGAUGAUGAGACAGUUAGGGGUUACGAUUCAGAAAAUUGUACCGAUAGCGACAACGACUCUAUGACGAUUGCUAUGGAUAAGGGAUUAGAAGAUGAGGCUUCUUAUAGUGAUUCGACAGAAUUUUGUCCCGAAUUAACCCCAAUCAGUGAUUCAGAGCCUGAAGCGAAGCCAGCUGCUACAAACUGGCUCAAUGCUAUCUUUGAGCGCCCCCCUACUAUUACACUGGAUACCAGUGUCAAGAUUAUAAUCCCAAAACGCGAGGCCAAGACGACGGAACAACCUACCCAGUGUGCUCAAACGCCACCAGAAGAGGUUACGAUAAAGGAAGAAGGCAUAAUCAUCGAAAAAGGAAGGACAUUCGAGGACCCUGAAGAGUAUGAAAAAUCGGAAUUUGACUUGGAUAUCAUAAAGACCGACGAGCUCGAGGAGCUUAGCACCUUCGAUAAAGGAAUCCUCAAACUUCUCAACAUCGUUAUUGGGCCUGGCGGCUGGGUACACCGAAUACCCUCAGCUCACACUGCGUACAUGCAUAACUACCCUGGAGUCAGCGACACAAAAUCCUUACUUAAGUGUUACAGGAAUCAAUGCAUUAGGGUAGCUCAAGAGGAAGAGAUCAGGGAGAAAGGGUUUACUGAUCUUUCAAAUGGCCCGUUCUUGUGGGACGAAGAAAUCCAUGAACUUCGAAUGGAGAAAGAACUUCCGAUCAACGAUGUUCUCAGAGGCUUCAGAAAAGCGUACGGAAUUCCGCCCUAUAUUGAUAGACAGAUUCGCCGUCAUCAUAGUAUGGUCGUUCAGGCCAAGAAACAUGGCAAAGUCAAAUUCCCGGUCGCAUGGGUUCCGGAGCGAGUUCUGGAUAUUGUUGAGAAAGACAAGCCCAUUAGAAUCAAUGACGAUGGUGUUUCGAUCUCCCGAAGCAUAAGUGACUCCUCUUCGGAGGAGGACGAUCUCCUACAUGAAGCUCUCUACGGAAAGCAAGGACUUAGUGGAAAAUUCAAAGUAGCUCAAGCACAAACUCUUCCUGAGAAAAAGAGUGAUCCUAGCCUUCUUGAAAAUGGAACGUCCUCAAUCAAAUCGCCAGUACUUGAUCCAUACAACAAGGAUAUUUCUCAAGGUUUUGAAGAUGACAAGGCAGAAGCUGGAGAAGGCGACCCAGACUUGACUAUUGAGCAAGACAAUCAGCCCUCGAGCUCUAUCUUAUUCACAGAAGUCAACUUGAAUGACGAUUCCAAGGACAACGAAAUCCCAGGGCCAGUCGCUGCAGAAACUGAACCCCUCAAAAAAUCCUCCCUCUUUAUUGAAUGUUCUGCAGAUGACGAUUCCGAUGACGAUAUUGAGAUGCCAAGGUCUUCGUUAUUUAAAGAAUACAAUGCAAACAAUGACUCCGAUGACGACAAAAUUAAGAUCUCAAAGGCUUCGUUUUUCAUAGAAUGCAACGCCAAUGACGAUUCAGACGAUGAGGAUAUUAAAACCCCGAGACCUUCUUUAUUUACGCAGUGCAAUGCACAUGACGACUCCGAUGACGACGAUAUUGUGAUUCCAAAAUCUUCAUUGUUUAUAGAAUGCAAUGCAAACGACGACUCAGAUGAAGAGGAUAUCAAGAUCCCAAAGACUUCGCUAUUCACAGAAUGCAAUGCUAACGACGACUCGGGUGACGAUGGUAUCAAGAUCCCGAAAUCUUCAUUGUUCACAGAAUGCAAUGCAAACGAUGAUUCUGACGAUGAUGAGAGCACCAAAAAAGGAAUCACUCAUGAAGAAGUUGAGAGCUCAAAGCCAUUGUUCUUUAUAGAAUGCAAUGCAAACGACGAUUCUGACGACGAUACGGAAGCCUCAAAGGCUUCGUGGUUUAUUGAGUGCAAUGCACAUGACAACGAGAGCGAUGAAGGCACUCAAAAGUCACAUACGCCAGAAGAGAUCAAGGCCCUAGAGUCAUCGAUAUUUACAGAGUGUACUAAUGAGUGUACUGAGAAACCGGCUUCACUUGAGGGUGAUAGCCGCCCGGAAGACUCGAAGCUCUUAUCACUGACAGAGUGUAACGCGAAUGACGAUUCCAAUAAUGACACCGAAGCCAUAGAAUCUUCAAUACUCAUUGGCUAUAACGCAAAUGACGACGAAUACAAUAAAGACACUCAAGAACUAGCUGUUCCAGAGGGAGACAAUAUUCCAAACCCUUCUCCGUUUACUGGUUAUGAAGCAAGCAGCAACAGCACUGAAGAAGCUUCGAUCCUAGCCGCUCAAGAAGAUAACACCGAUGCUGAUGUGGAGAUUCCGAAGGCUUCACCGCUUGCAGAGUGUAAGGCAUAUAACGAGGAGAACGAUAGAGACACUCAAGACCCAGUCAUUAAGGGAGAUGAUCUCACCGAUACCAACAAGGAGGUCAAGAAGUCCUCAUUAUUCAUAGAGUGUAACGCAUAUGACGAUGAAGAUGAAGAUAGUCAAUUAUCGUCUAUCCGGAAACCGUAUUCCGAACGCGCUCCAUAUCAUCAUAGGACAUACUCUUCUCUUUCUCGAGAACCGUCAGCAGCACCGCCUAAUGACCAACUUUCAUCUCUUUCGCCGGACAAUCUACGUACAACCAACCGUGAGCCUUCUGAGCCUGAAAGCUCCAGUGUUAUCACACGCGCCGAACUACGUGCAAUGAGGAGGGCUCGUAUGGAUCAACUGGGCGUCGCUACAGGAGAUGCUCGAAGCAUUACCCGAAAUAGAAGACCCGAAAGUCUUUCGCAACAACCAGACGGUCAAAUUAAUCUCCAACCUCAAUCAGAGGAACCAAAGGCCAUUAAGAAACCGGGUAAAAUCCGUAUCCCUUAUGUGUUCCUAGGAGACCAGAAAACAGCGCCACGAGCCCCAACCCAGAAACUCGAUCAACCUGGCCCUACUCAAGAGCAAUCCCUACCUACAAUUAAUGAAAUAGAUAGCUCCGAGGCCGCCCCGGUACCGAAGCAGGCUAGACAGCGCCCGGUAAUCCAACGAGGUGAAACGAAUUGGUCGGCCCAGAUGAGAGAAGAAGGAUUGAAACGUCGAUUUGAGUCUAACAAUCGCCGCGGUCCCAAAAACCCCUUCUAA